UUUUUAUGUAUUUAUUUAUUUUUACUUUUUCGACGUUAUUUUUUUAAACAUACUGUACGUUGAUUUUAUAAAGUUAGUGCAGUUACUGGACAAACUACGCCUAAUUUUUUUUUUUUUUUUUACUCUUUAUAGGACAAUUCAUCGGUAUUAUAUACGACAUACAAAUGCAGUUUCCAUUUGUUGCCGCUGUUCGGCGCUGUCGCCCCAUAUCCCGGUCUGAGGACCCACGCUCCUGUCAGAUCCUCUUUCAAACUCACUAUCCAGCAUUUUUCACUCCAGACUCUGGGAACGCACGGCGUGGGAGCGUCCACGGGAGCGCACGAGAGAUUCGGAGAAAGGCUGGUCUCCUCUGCAGCGAUGCAGGAGCCACAGGGCUGCAGGGGUGGGAGCAGGCAGGAGAAGGAGGUUUAAGGGGAAAGAGGAGCACGGUGAGGAGGUGAUGCUGUAGCAGUUUCGGGCUGAGGAUUUAUCGAGUGGCAGCGUUUUACGCAGGGUGGAGAGGAGCAGCGUCAGAGGUGCUGCCUGCUCUCCCUGUCUGUAAUCGGCUUGGGUGAGGAGAACCACAGGGAGAACCCUGCCCAGACUGAGACGGAGGAGAAGAGGAGGAGGAGCAGAGGACACAGUUUGGUGUUCAAGGAGUUCAGCUGCUUCAGCAUACUGCUGCUGGAGACAAGAAAAAUAAGAAGAAGAAGAAGCAGCUUCAGCCAAGUCUUUGCAUCAUGAGUGGACCAACAACUAACGUUCAGUACCAGUCUGGUCUUUAUGAAGGAAACAACAACCACAGCAGGAGCAGCAGCAGCAGCUCUCCUCUCUCCAGCCGUGGGAACUCUCCCAUAGUGUGUGAGCGCUGUGGGGAGGUGUGUCGCGGGGAGGUUGUACGUGUCAAGAACACACACUUCCAUGUGCACUGUUUCACCUGUCAAGUAUGCGGUUGUGACCUGGUCCACUCGGGUUUCUUCCACCACUCUGGAGAGUACAUCUGCACCCAGGACUACCAGCGCCUCUACGGGACCCAGUGUGACAGCUGUGAGCAGUACAUCACCGGAGAGGUGGUGUCUGCGCUGGGCAGGACGUUCCACUCUCUCUGUGUGUGUUUUAUUUUCAGGAGUCCGUUCCCCAUCGGCGACAGGGUGACCUUCUGUGGGAAGAAGUGUGUGUGUCAGCAGUGCUCAUACUCUCUGAGCAACGACAAGCCCGUCAAGGUCCACGGGCCGAGCUACUGUGCGGGCUGUGGCGAGGAGAUCAAGCAGGGUCAGUCUCUCCUGGCCCUGGAGAGACAGUGGCACGUCAGCUGCUUCAAGUGUCGUACGUGCGGCUGCGCCCUCACGGCGGAAUACAUCAGCAAAGAUGGGAUUCCUUACUGCGAGGCCGACUAUCACACUCAGUUUGGGAUCAGGUGUGAGAGCUGCAGCAGAUACAUCAGUGGCCGAGUUCUGGAGGCAGGAGGAAAACACUACCAUCCCAGCUGUGCCAGAUGUGUUCGCUGUCACAUGAUGUUCCUGGAAGGAGAGGAAAUGUAUCUGACAGGUUCAGAGGUGUGGCACCCCAUGUGUAAAGAAGCGGCUCGGCUGGAGAGGAAACUGAGGCUGAGACGUACGUCCGAGACGGCGUCCAUUUCCCCCCCGAGCUCGUCUCCUCUCCUGGGUUCUCCUCAUAGACUGGUCUGUUCCAAGGCAGUCACUGAUGUGCUGGACUAUAAGCAGCUGGCUGCUCUGCCCAGGGUCAAAGCCAUAUAUGACAACCGGCCUGAGCGUCCUGACAUCAUCCCUUAUCAGUCUGACCACACUCACACACACAUCACAGAUGACACUCUGGAGCAGUACAGCUCUGGACAGGACGGUUUCGAUGACAUUGAGUUCAGAACGCGGCGUUCCUCCAGCUCCGCCUUCACUGACUCUCCCGCUCACAGUCGCCACGGAGGUUCCCCGCUGCAUUAUUAUCAUCCUGGCAGUGAGAGUGGCAGGAGUUCACCUUAUUACCCUGUGCCAGAGCCUCGCUGCGUCACACCCACCACCUCCACCUCCACCUGCACCUCCACAUACUUCUUCAAAGCACCCCGGCAUUUCCAUGUGCCAGCUUCUGAAGACACCAACAUCUACAGGAAACCACCCAUCUACAAGAGACAAGAUGUUUUUUCUGCCUGUGGAACAGUCAACAAGAGUAAAACCAAUGAGAAUCUGGUCAACUGUAACGGACUUUAUCACCCCAGCUCCAACUACUUCCCGUACACUGGCUCUCCAAAAGUCUCCAGAGUCAGGAGGUUUUCAUCUGGAGGGGAGGAUGACGGAUGGAACCAGAACAUCAACAGAGGCAUCGGGAGGAUGAUUCUCAAAGAGGAGAUGAAGGCUCGCUCCGGUUCUCAGGACAACGAGCAGUGGGGGAGUGGACGCAGUUCCCGCUGCAGCAGCAGGGAGGUGCUGAACGGUCUGGAAUACAGCUCCUUAAAUGGCUCUCCCAGAUCCAUCUACAGCACAGACAGCGACUUAUUCACUGCCAAAUCAGCCUCUUUACCAGGCUAUGGUAGAAAUGGACUGAACAAGCCGGCAGAUUAUUUCCAGUGUGACAGUGGGAACCCAGCCAAGUGGCAGAUCAAAGAAUACAAGAUCUACCCAUACGAAGCUCUGAUGGUGUCGGUCAGAGGACAGCAGCGUCUCCCCAGUGAUGUGGACAGAGCCAGACUGGAGCGUCACCUCUCACCAGAGGAGUUCUACAGAGUCUUUGGCAUGUCCAUGUCCUCAUUUGACCGACUCGCUCAGUGGAAGAAGAACGAACUGAAGAAGCAGGUCCGGCUCUUUUAAAAAAAAUAAUACAAAAAUAAAACUGCUGUCACUGUGCAGGGUGUUUCCUGGAUCAUGGUCUUUGGUUUUAAUGGAGAACAAACGGGUUGAUAUUGAUCAUUUUUUCUUUUAUUUUUUUUAAAUGGGGUUUUGCUCCCUUGAAGUGUCAAGAGUUGAAGUAACAGAGCACUUCUGUUUAGUUUUAGUCCUUUAAAUGGUUUGAGAUGGUACAACAAAUGCAAAGACGAGCCAAGUGGCUCAUCCACCAGCAGAGGUCAGUGUUCUGCCGUGAUAGACAACAGUAUGCACCACGUGGAGAACCAGCUGUUUUGAAAGUGAAGCACGUCGUUGUGUGAAUAUGUUGUGUGUCAGAGAGAGUGGCAGGUUGUCGGAGUGGAACGUAAACACAGAGGUCAGCGGAGAUGAGGCCUGGUCAUAACUAACUGAAUGUCAACAAUGUUGUUUUAUGAUAUAUUAUAACUGAGAACCAAAUGUUUUUUUCCUUCUCUUGACUGGCAUGUGUUGGAUAUUUGAAGCCAUAUUAGUGUCUAAUUUCACAGACUAAAGCAGACUGUGCUGUUCACUGACUUGGUGUGAUUGUGAGGCUUAUUAAUGCAGAUGAGAUCAUACAUGUCAUUUUGGUUUUUCCCUCUGUUUUUUCACCAGUUCCCUAAAGAAAAUAGCUGCUGGAUUAAAAUCAGACUGAUCCUG